GCAAGGUAGUCUCUCAUUAUUUGAGUUUAGGGAAUAGUAGUGCAACGCAUGCUUGGUGUAUGGUAUGCUGUUGAGAAUUAAGGCUUGACAACAGUACAGUAAAAAUUAAACUUAUUUUCGAUGGUCUCGAGAAGGCUUCUAACUGGUCCACCUGAGGUUGCUGUUGGUGAUACAGUCACCUCAUCGGGAUGCAUGAUUGUCGUCUCGAAUCGUCUUCCCUUCGUCUUGCAGAGGGAUGAAGAUGGACGGUUGUUUAGAAAGGCGAGUGCGGGCGGUUUGGUGACCGCCGUUGCGCCCGUUGUUAUUAACGGUGAUGGUUAUUGGGUAGGAUGGCCCGGUGUACAUCUGGAGGAUCACAAUGAGCCCAUUCCCGAGUCGGAUCCUAGUGAUAUCACUCCCACCGCUGGAUUAAAGUCUGAUAAGGUGGUGCCAGUUCACAUAGAUUCCAUUACAUUUGAUGAUUACUACAAUGGUUGCUGCAAUGCCACAUUCUGGCCGCUAUUUCACUCAAUGCCAGAUAGGGCAGUCUUUAAUCGCGACAAGUGGAGAGCAUACGCCGAAGUUAACAAGGAAUUCGCAGACCGCACAUUUGAAACGCUCAAGAAUGUCCAUAACUCGGACUCGGACAAUCGAAACGAUGCUCCCUUAGUGUGGAUACACGAUUAUCACUUGAUGAUUGCAGCUAAUUGGUUACGAGAGGCGGCUACAGAGGAAGCCAUACGUUGUAAGAUAGGUUUCUUCCUCCACAUUCCGUUCCCCCCGUGGGAUAUAUUUCGAUUAUUCCCAUGGGCCGAUGAAAUACUACAAGGAAUGUUAGCGUGCGACAUGGUAGGGUUUCACAUUACAGACUACUGCCUCAACUUCGUCGAUUGUUGUCUACGAUGUUUGGGUUGUCGAAUUGAUAAGAAAAAUCUCCUGGUUGAGCACGUCGGCAGGACCGUACGUGUGCGGGCUUUACCCAUUGGAAUACCGUACGAGAGAUUUGUGCAAUUAGCCGAAAAGGCGCCCAAAGUAUUAUCGACCAAUCAGAAAAUUAUUUUGGGAGUAGACCGGUUGGAUUACACAAAGGGAUUGGUGCAUCGUUUUCUGUCGUUUGAGUCACUUUUGGAAAACUUUCCCGAGCACCUUGAAAAAGUUUCGUUUCUUCAAAUUGCGGUACCCUCGCGCACUGAUGUUAAAGAGUAUCAAGAUCUGAAAGAAGAAAUAGAUCAACUCGUCGGGCGAAUUAAUGGAAAGUUCAGUACGCCGAAUUGGGCACCGAUCAGAUACAUUUAUGGCUGCGUAACUCAGGACGAACUCGCCGCCUUUUAUCGAGAGGCGGCCGUCGGGCUAGUGACACCAUUACGAGAUGGAAUGAAUUUGGUUGCCAAAGAAUUUGUGGCCUGUCAACUAAACGUCCCCCCAGGUGUACUGAUCGUGUCACCCUUUGCGGGUGCUGGUGAAACAAUGCACGAGGCAAUCAUCUGCAAUCCGUACGAGAUCGAAGGCGCAUCUGAAUGUCUGCACCGAGCACUCACAAUGCCCGAGGACGAACGAAUACUAAGAAUGAAUUACUUACGAAGACGCGAGAAACUCAACGAUGUUAACUACUGGACAAGAUCGUUUUUACAGGCGAUUGGUUCUUUGGUUACGCAAAAUGAGGAUGAGAGCAUCGACAAUGUAACUAUUCCCGAAGUUACUCUGGACGAUUUCGACGAGUAUCUCGUAAAAUACAUCGGGAAUAAUCACAAACUCGCGCUGCUAUUAGACUACGAUGGUACCUUGGCUCCCAUAGCUCCACAUCCUAAUCUCGCAAUACUACCAACAGAAACUAAAAAUGUACUGCAAAGGUUGUCGAAUAUGCCAGACUGUUACAUAGCGGUCAUUUCUGGAAGAAACGUCAAUAACGUUAAGGACAUGGUUGGAAUUGACGGGAUAACUUACGCAGGUAGUCACGGAUUGGAGAUUUUGCAUCCGGAUGGCAGCAAAUUCGUACACCCCAUGCCUACGGAAAUGCAAGGGAAGGUAUCGGAUCUCCUGCAGCAGUUGCAGGAGCACGUCUGCAGAGACGGCGCCUGGGUUGAAAACAAAGGGGCCAUACUCACAUUCCAUUUCCGCGAAUCUCCCACUUACUUACGGCCCCAGCUCGAGCGACAGGCGAAAAUGUUAAUAGAGGGAGCCGGGUUUAAGGCGGCGAAAGCGCUUUGCGCCUUGGAGGCUCGUCCGCCUGUCGAGUGGAACAAAGGCAGGGCUUCGAUUUACAUCUUGCGUACGGCUUUUGGUGUGGAUUGGAGCGAGCGUAUUAGAAUUAUUUACGCCGGUGAUGACACCACAGACGAAGAUGCUAUGGUGGCUUUGAAAGGUAUGGCAGCGACCUUUAGAGUGAUAAGCUCUCCAAUUACAAAGACGUCGGCGGAACGCCGCUUGUCAUCAACCGAUUCCGUCCUAACGCUUUUAAAAUGGGUUGAAAGGCACUUGAGCAGGCGAAAACCACAGCAAAAUGGUACACGCAAGAAUUCGAAAUCGCUCAAGGAGGGUGUACAGAUGGAGAUGUCUUUUUUACAGUCUCCAUCGGCGUAAACACAAAGCUAUUUGUUAGGCAGGAAACUAUUUUAAGAUUAUGCAAUAAUAUGAUUAUAUUGAUUUUACACUGUUUCAUGUAGUACGUAUUGUUGUUUUACAUUUUAAAUAAUUCUCUAGACUUAAAACCUUUUUUUUACUUUGU